AUCUUCAAUAUCGGCGUCCGUCUCUGAUACCUUCUGAACCUCUCUGCCUCCGCCGAUUUGGAACUCGCAUCGCACAUUUAGCUUUCCGUUCUCUCUGCUUUUUCUAGGGUUUUUUGUUACUCUUAGCUUCAAAUAUGGGAAGGGCAAAGAAACCUCAAAAGUUUGCUGUCAUGAAGAAGAUGAUAAGCCACAAAGCUUUGAAGCAUUACAAGGAAGAGGUUCUGAAUCCAAACAAGAAGGACCUCACGGAACUUCCGAGAAACGUCCCGAAUGUUCCUUCAGGGAUGUUCUUUUCUCACAACACAAAUAUGGUUCCUCCUUACCAAGUUUUGGUGGAUACCAACUUCAUCAACUUCUCAAUCCAGAAUAAGAUUGAUCUUGUGAAGGGAAUGUUGGACUGUUUGUACGCAAAAUGCACUCCUUGUAUCACGGACUGCGUCAUGGCUGAGCUAGAGAAAUUGGGUCAGAAGUAUCGUGUCGCUCUAAGGAUUGCGAAAGAUCCUCGCUUUGAAAGACUACCUUGUGUACACAAAGGGACAUAUGCUGAUGACUGUCUCGUUGACAGAGUUACUCAGCAUAAGUGCUUCAUAGUAGCUACAUGUGAUAGAGACUUGAAGCGAAGGAUUCGAAAGAUUCCUGGUGUGCCAAUCAUGUAUGUGACGCAGCGCAAGUACUCAGUAGAGAGGCUGCCAGAAGCAACAAUUGGUGGAGCUCCAAGAUACUGAUAUUUGAACAGAGACCCGUAUGGAUUCCGAGAAGUUCUGAAGCCUGAGUUAGUGUCGGUUUAAGCUAUGAAUCAAAUGUUGUGAUACCUUAAGCGAUUUUUGUUCCCUGAGUUGGUUAAUCUGCUGUCUGUUUGAUACAAAGUUAGUUAAUAAUAACUUAAUAGAAAUCUUUA